GUGGAUGUCUGCACACUUUCUGUCUGCUGUUUGGGGGCAAAGUGACACCUCUACUUGCUGCUCUGCUCUGUGGGAGCUGAUAGUUGCUUGCAAGAUGGAGCGGAUGUCUGAGGAGGCGCUGAGGCUCAACCUGCUGAAACGAGGCUUGGAGUCCCCCAGCGAGCGAGAGGAGGCUCUGGCCAAACGCCUCAAAAUGGAGGGCCACGAGGCCAUGGAGCGCCUCAAGAUGCUGGCUCUACUCAAACGCAAGGACCUCGCUGACCUGGCAGCCCUGGAGGUCGGGGGGCCCCUGGGGGAAGGGAAGGGGCCCGGAGCCAGCAGCCUCCACCACCAGAGCCUCAUGGGAGGCGCCUACGAGGAAAAGAUGAACGGGAGUCUGAGGCUGGCGGGCCACGGCAGCCAUAUUGGAGCCAGUAAGAACGGGAAGGAGAACAUGAUGGAUGAGCCGGUGGACAUGAGCGCUGGGAGGAGAUGCGAGGCUGAGCAUGACAGACGGACUCCGUCUCCAGACGUCAUCAUACUGUCAGACAACGAGGCGUCCAGUCCCAGAACGACGCCGCGCCCUGAGGAGCGCCUGCACCAGGCCAACCUGGACCUGUUCAAGGGGAAAACGGGGGAAGAGAGGCAGCAGAUGAUCAAGGCUCUGAGGGAGGAGCUGCGUCUGGAGGAGGCCCGCCUAGUGCUGCUCAAGAAGCUCCGGCAGAGUCAGAUGCAGAAGGAGAACGUGGUGCAGAAGGUCCCUGUGGUGCAGAACGCUGCCUCCUCUGUGCAGGCCCCCACCAUGCACAGCUCUCAGGGCCUGGGGAAGCUGCCUGUGAGGCCGGGCAUGCACAACCCGGAGCCCCAGAACCUCCGCACGGCACAGGGUCACACGGUUAUCAGGUCAGCAGCUAAUGCUAACCUGCCCCCCAUGCUGAUGUCUCAGAGAGUGAUAGCCCCCAACCCCUCCCAGCUGCAGGGCCAGAGACUGUCCUCUAAGCCCGGGAUGUCCCGCUCCAGCUCCAGCAUGGCCAACGCCGUCAGCUACCAGCAGCAUCAGAGAAUGUGUGUCUCCCUGCAGGCCAGCCAACAGGUGGCAGCCUCCCAGCGCUCAGGCUCCAGUGCCAUGUACAUGAACCUGGCCCACAUGCAGGCAGCGGCAGCAGCCGGGGGGGGUAUGGGUGGGGCUUCGGCCGUCAGCCCCUCCACCAUGUCCAGCUCGGCGGGCGGAGUCAGCUCCAUCGCAGACCAGGCCAGCAGCCAGGCGGCCGCCAAGCUGGCCCUGAGGAAGCAGCUGGAGAAGACCCUGCUAGAGAUCCCCCCACCCAAACCCCCCGCCCCGCUGCUCCACUUCCUGCCCUCUGCCGCCAACAGCGAGUUCAUCUACAUGGUGGGGCUGGAGGAGGUGGUGCAGAGUGUGCUCGACAGUCAGGGUAAACUCAGAGGCACGCUGGGCCGGAUGGAGCCGUUCUUCUGCGCCCAGUGCAGAACCGACUUCACCCCCCACUGGAAGCAGGAGAAGAGCGGGCGGAUCCUGUGUGAGCAGUGCAUGACCUCCAACCAGAAAAAGGCUCUGAAGGCGGAGCACACCAACCGGCUGAAGAACGCCUUUGUGAAGGCCCUGCAGCAGGAGCAGGAGAUAGAGCAGAGGCUGCAGCAGCAGGCCGCCCUCUCCCCCAGCUCGGCCCCCACCGGCCCCAACGCCUCUAAGACUGACUCCAUGAUCCGACACCAUGCACUCCGCCAGGCCCCCCAGCCCCAGGCCUCCAUGCAGAGAGGCCUGUCUAACUCAGCGCGGGGCGUCCUGUCUAACUUCGCCCAGGCCUCCCAGCUGUCUGUGGCCAGCAGCCUCAUGGGGAUGACCAGCGGCAAGCACUGUGGCAGUGGGGGGGGCAGCGGCAGCAGCAGCAACAGGAUGCAGCACGACAGCCGCCGACAGAUCUACAACAUCCCAGGGUUAAAUAUCGCCUAUCUGAACCCCGCGGCGGUGGGGGCCCAUAAGAGCUCCAGCUUAGCGGACCGGCAGAGAGAGUACCUGUUGGACAUGAUCCCCCCUCGAUCCAUAUCGCAGUCCAUCAGCGGACAGAAAUGAGCCCAUCUGAAGCCCCACCCCCAUCCUGCCCUCCUACCCCAUACUGAAGCACUCCCAGAUCGACCACCACCCCCCCAUCGCAUGCAGUGCCUGUCCGUGUGCCUACCUUGAACCAACCCAUGAAACCCACGAGUCGGACAAAGACACUAAACUGUCGGUGCAUCUCAGAUGUUCUUCUUAUAGUACAGCUCUUCUUCUUCGUCAGCGUUGUUUAACAAUUAUAAUUCCCAUUAUUAUCGCUGUUGGUAGCACUAUUAUUAUACCUGCAACUACCACGUUUGCUUCAGUUUACUCAUUAUGCUUUUUCUUUUAUACGUGUUCGCUCCGUUUUUGUUUCCCUCUUUACUUUGGGCAGUGACAGGAAAUCACCGUAGAGCUCCACCAUCACGUAGGAUUAAGACCUGGUUAUUGCUAGUAACAGAAGAUCAACAGGGUGCAUUCUGGUUGCUAUGCAACAUAAAGUUUAACAGCUUUGUAAAAAGUGUUAGCUCUUUAACUUGGAGAAACAAAGUUUAAAAAACUGAUAGGAACAAACAGACGGGGGCCGAGCACCCCCACUCUCCCCUGGUGAAAGGGCCAGUUUCAGGAUCUGUGACCACCGACAGCCAGCUGAAGCUCCAUUCACUCCACCUGAGUCGGGGGGGAAUCUGGAACCCACAGGAGGGGCCCAUGUGUACUGAAGAGAAGAUCAGAGUUUGGAAAAUCUUUUCCCCAGUCCCCAUCAGAGGCUCAUCAGGGGACUCUUCCUGUCAGCCCCUCCCCCGCAGAUCACCUGGUGGAUGUAGGUGUAGUCUGUCAUGAGCACUGACACCCUGCAGAGAGCUCAUCCUGGAGGAUCAUCUGAAGCCCCCCAAGUGUUCACAGGGAAGUGUCCACUCAGAGAAAGGCAGUCCAUCUCACUUCCUGCUCCCCCGCCCCCACCCUUUGGUUAUCCAGUAUGCACAGACUGAACCCUUUUUACCCCCUAAGCUCCUUUUUGGCGUCAUAUGUUCUUUAAAUGAACUCAAGUCUGAAGGUGGAGGCACAUUUCCUGCAUCCAAACCACAGAUUCUCUACCUGGAACCUAAAGUCUGGGUUCUAUUCUUCUUAUAUUUUAGUUUUUGGAUUGUUGGCCCCUCCACCCAACUUUCCUUCUCUUUUUUUUUUUUUGCUUAGUUUUAUUUGUUAGUUUGUUUGUUUGUUUGUUUUGCGGCGUCUCCUAAUGAAAUGGUGGCGUACCUGAGAGGUGUUAGCCACCGGAGACGAUAAUAAUCAUCAAAGCUAAAAACAGAAACUAUUGUAUGGAUAAUGUAUAGAUACCUAGCUUCAGAGGGAGAAAAUAAACGAUGUGGAUUAUAUCUUUUAUGGGAGAGACAUGAUCAAUCAUUGUGUGCAUGCUCUGCACACGAGUCGCCUCACUCCAGAGGAGCACUUUGCAUAUUUCCAAUUGGAAAAACAUUUUUUUUAAAGGAGGUAAAGAAUGUUACAAUUGAGAGUGGCUAGAGUCUGGAUGCUGGCUGAUGGCCGACCAGAGGUGUGUGAAGAUUGUGGAUUGCAUCACGGUGUGUUUUAUGGGAUGAUGAAUGAUCCUUUGCCAGUGUUGAUCUCUUGUUAAUGUUGAACCUCAAGUGUCGGUUUCCAAAUCCUGAAAAAAGAAAUCCACUUUAAGUAAAUGUAUUGUCCGUUCAAUCAGUGGGACACAACCAGACGCAACAACACCCCCUUUACAUGAGUCGUGUCCCCAUGGAUAUCUCUCCUCAGAUACUGGCUGGUACCAUGGUCACAGCAUGGACGCUCUUCCCUGAUCUCAAAUCUGUUCCAAUUUGUACAUUUCCUUCCUGAACUGGUAAACCUGUUCUGUAAAUGUUUUAUUUAGACUCAGUUUCAUUAACAUUUUCCCCAAAAAAGCAUGGAUUAUUACAAGAGGAAAGUGAUUUAGACCUCUCCUCCAUUGACUGAACAGACACACUACCCUUAUGGAAAGCGUUGUAACAACAGUGCAGGGUUCUGAACCAUUUCAUUAUAAUAAUUGAUCAUCUGCUAAAUCUAUAAAUCUAGAUGUCUGACAAAAACUGUUCAGUGAUUUAUUUUCACCUAUGGAAUGUUCAAUCCAUGUCGAACCCCCCGGGCUGAUGCAUGUUACAUGUACAGGUCACACUGACAUGGGAGCAACACUGCAGAGGAAACGCUGGCCAACACGUGCUCUGGCAGCCAUGUUGGAUUCAUCCGUUCUAAAUGUUUUUCUCAGAUUCUGUGCAGUAAGUGUGUGUGAAUGGAACAAUCAGCAGUUACUUUGUGUUCGAUGGAUAUCUAACCAUGUUUGGUUGCGUUACACUCAGUUAGUUCAUUCUGGAAUCUUUCACUUUUCAUCCUCUGCAAAGCGUUGUGCAGACUCUCACUUUGUCAGGAAACUCCUGCAAGCUGGAUACAUUCUCAUCAGCCCCAGCUGUUCGCUGUCUGCAGUGUUAGCAUGCUCACAUGCUAAACUCAGAUUGAAACAUGGUUAGCAAUAGUGACUACCUACCUUGUUAUUGUCGUUGUUAGCUUGUAAGUAUGCUGACAUUAACAUUUAGCACAAUGCACUGCUGUGCUAAGUAAAGCUACACAGCUAGCACGGCUGUAGUCUCUGGUUGUGUUAAAGCUUGUUCUGCUGAAUGGCAAGCAAUGCAAAAACUGAAGCUAAAAAAACAAGAGAAGUUGAGGUGGCAGGUUAAAACCUUUUUCUAAAAGUAUCACAUAUUUAAAACUUAUUGAAAAAGAAACUAUAGCACUUCACAGGGAAGAGCUAGCUUAUCAUUUACAAUAGUGGAAGCUAGCUGUGUUAAAUUAGCACGCCAGUUAGCUAAACUAGCUAACACAGCCUCUCUUCUUUUCAUUACUCAGUGUUAUUUUAUAUUUGUUUCUGUCCAUGUACUAAAAUUCAAUUUGUAUCUGCAUUUCAGGUUAAAAGUAAACACCUAACAUUUUAAGCGACAUUUUCGUUUUAACAAUAAAAUUGUCCUUUGUUAGUUGAUGUGUUGUUGCUAACGCAGAAGCAGCAUACUAUCUAUUUUGAGCCUUUUUUCAAAGUUUAGUAAAUCAAUGGUAAAACAAGAAUGUCGGGCUAGCUUCUAAAGGCUGUGCCACAGAGGUGUGUGUGUGUGUGUGUGUGUGUGUGUGUGUGUGUGUGUGUGUGUGUGUGUGUGUGUGUGUGUGUGUGGUUCAUCACACCAUCCCAUGAUAAAUAGCCAGUGAAACUACCUAGGGUGUAAACUAAGUGUACACUUUGAAAAUUUGUGCUAAUUCUAAUAAAAAAAGAAAACAUGAAUCAAUUAUCCUUUUGGUGGAACAGUUGACAUUGAUCAAGAGAUAUAUUUUCAUGAGUUUUAAAUGUCUUGGAUACAUUUUUUACUGCCACACAAUUUGAUUUUAGCGAUGGUUUUUCCAUGCGUCUCCUUCUGCUGCCAAGCUUGAGAAAAAUCUCCUGUCUCUGUUGCAGAUGCGCCCACACUCUUUGUAUCCGGAUUUCAGAUUCUUUCUUGAAAUCUAAAUUUGAAGUCAUUGUUUUUCUGACGUCUCAAUUAUGUUUUCUUUCUAUUGCAGUUUAAAAAAUAAACAAAUGUAUUGACUAUGAAAUAAAUGACACGAUAUUUGCUAGGUUUGAAGUAAUAAUGACUUAUUGUACAUGAGCAUUUUCUCCUCCCUUGUUCUGAAAAAAGAAAUUAAAUGGUUGUAUAUUGUGUAGAAAAGCAAACAAAAAGCCAUGAAUAUUGUGAAGCUUGUCAUUUCGUUUUGUGAUCACUGUGUAUUAUUGUGUAACAAAUGUGCAAAAUGUUUGGGAUUCUUUCCCCUCCGCUUCUUGGAGCUCUCCCUGGAUGCAUUCACCUCGGCGGGGGCUAGUUAGCGUUAGCAGGGGGGCGCACUGGUUCAGACAGUGCGGCUCACAUCACACCUGUGAACAUCUGAUCUCUUCUCUUGGAGCAUGGAAACUGGAAAUAACUUUAAAGAAUGGUUUCCUGCCCAUCAGAUGAUUCAUUGUGUUGGAUUACAUGGAGCCCUCAUGACUUUAGCGUCUCAUUAAACCACGUCUGCUGACCCCUUUGUCCACAUUACCAUAUUCUAUGAAGUGGACCGGUUACAAUCACAGCGUGGAAAGAUGUUUAAAAAGUCAGUUUUCCAGAAAUCAGUUUGUCUCAUACACACUUUUUCUGUGACCGGGACAUUUGCUCUGAAGAAUGUUGGUGUUUUAAUAAAGUUAUUUAAAUGCUGUGAGCAGAUAUCUUAAAAGCUGAACAAAUAAAAUCAUAAAAGGUUUAGUUAGGACGUACCCUCCAGUUCUAGUGGGGGCUAGAGCAUGGGCAAAAACAUAUACAUAAUUCCACAUGUCAGUGACCUGAUAAUGUACAAAGAUAACCUGUUCACACUUUUCAUCGGGGUUUAAAUGCUAUCAGCGACCGGGGGAACCCUGUUUUGAGAUUUGUCGCUUAGUAUUCCAUCCAGUAGACCUGGGGACAGCUGCUUCUGAACCAGUGAUCACUUCCUGCCGACCUCAGAGUACCCCACAUGCGCUCCUCUGCUGCCGGGCUUUUUACUUAUAUUAGUUGUUGUUGCUAAUGCAGGGAAACAUUUAAUUUCUCAAUCAGUUUUAUCAAUUUUCAGUUUACUUUUUGUAUAAUGUGGGAUCUGCAGAAACGGAUGAUGAAACCAACCGGAAACUAAUUGAAGUCCUUUUUUCGUUUUGCUUACAUCAAUCCUGACCUUUUGCACAUACUUGAUAUUUAACGGUCUUCAAAAAAGUAAAAGAAAAUAAUGCUGUUUGAAUACUGCCAGUUGAAUGACAAUUAUGCAUUGAUUGAAAAAAAUAAGCUAAUUUUGGAGGAAAUAACUUUGUAAUAUUUAUCUCUUGCAAGCUAUGUUUAAUAAAGGUUGAAACAAU